AUGGAGCUCCUUCAAAACUUUAUGAGCACGCCCAGCGCGAGCGAGAAGGAGGUCACCGACUCAAUUGCGACGCUCGUGGACCGGCUGUCGCACGCGACGCUGCUGACCGACCGCCGGGCUGCCGUUUUGGGACUCAAAUCGUUCAGCAGACAGUACCGAGAGAUUGUGAUUGCCAACGGUCUCAAGAGUCUUGUUGCGACUCUGCACAAGGACGUGCUGGACCUUGAUAUUGUCAGGGCGGUGCUUGAGACCCUUCUAAUUCUGUUUAUCCGAGGCGAGGACGACGAGGAUCUAACAAGGAGCUGGAUAAGCCAGCAGACAAGACUCAAGAACGGCAAGUAUCCUUCGCCGAGUUUGGUGCUAGACAAUGUGACGGACCAGUUUUCGCUGUGGAUUUUUGACGAGCUGACUCAAUCGGUGACGAGUUUCGAUAUUCUGGUGGACCUUGUCGAGGCAGACGAUAUUCAUAUCAAGCUGUACUCGUUGCAACUGCUCCAGGCGUUAUGUUCGACGCGGCCGCUGCGGACCAAAGAGCUCGCCCUUAAGUCGCCGCUGGCGAUCUCCAAGCUGUGUCAGGCGCUCGACGACCCCUACGAGCCGAUCCGGAACGAGGCAAUCCUGCUGCUGAUGGGUGUCGUCAAGGACAACUUCCACAUCCAGAAGCUGGUGGUGUUCGAGAACACGUUCGAGAAAUUGUACCGCAUAAUAGAGGACGAGGGCCGACUCGAGGGCAAUAUCGUCGUCCAGGACUGUCUGUCGCUGAUCGCGAAUCUGCUAAGGUACAACGCCAGCAACCAGAAGUUUUUCAUCGAGACCAACUGCAUGUACAAACUCGCGGAAUUUUUAGACCAGCCUCUGGCCGAGAGCGAGCUGGGGCCGUUUGUGUGGAACGAGCAACGGCUCCAGAACCUGCUCACCACGCUUGACACAUGCAGACUGUUUGUGGCCGACGGAGUGGAGGCCAUUGACCAGGCACAGCGAGCGCUCGUGAACUCUGACGUUUUGAUGUUAAUUUUGCGUCUGGUAUUUUCCAUCACCGUUCCCAACGUCGUCCGCGUCAACGCGCUUCUCACCACUGCAGACAUCAUCCGUUCCAACGCCGAGAUCCAGCUACAGUUCUCCCAGAUCGACGUACCGUAUAUGGACCCCACGCUGCCCGCUGCAGCACAGAAGAUGGACGAGAUCGUUCCCGUGAUAGACGCACUGCUGCACUGGUGUCUUUACGCAAACUCUGUCCAUCUGUUUGAUCUGCGGAUGGCCUCUGUGGUGGUGCUACAUGCAUAUUUCAAGGACAACGAGGACGCCAAAUACGCUUUUUUGAAAGAUCAAAAAUACGAGUUCAACAAGCUCAACGGCGUGCCCGACAGCGAGGACGAGCCGGACGAGGAGGAUGGCGCGAACGGUCAGGCCGAGAAUAAUGCAAACGGCGAGAGCAGAUCGCCUUCGACAACGUUCACGGGAGCCAACCUGUUUGCAACGCUCAUCAACGUUGACAACGACUUGCAACUAAACCCAUACAAAAUCUGGUUUGCCUGUCUGAUUCUCAUCUAUGUGUUUGAGAACUACGACGAGGGCCGCGAGCUGGCAAUGUCUAUCCAGAUCGGCAACGCGAGCGCCAACGAGGACGUGCUAAACAUCAUUGAGGCCGUCGGGCAAGCGCUGUGUUCAAGCUUGCGCUUCAAGGACCCGCGUGUCCCUAUCGCCUAUAUGAUGCUACUGAGCAUCUGGCUCUGGGAGAACUUUCGAGCGGUGGACCUGUUUCUGCACGACUCGUCCAUUUUAGACCAGCUGCUCGCGUACCUUGUUGAGGCCAACGACGAGAAUCUGCUUGCGCAGGGCAUGGUGGUUGUUUUGCUGGCUAUCGUUUACGAAUUCACAAGGAAAAAAUCACCUGUGAGCCGCCAGCAGCUGAGCUCGUUGCUGAAGAGCCGGGUCGGAGACAAUGCGUUUAGUCUGAAGAUCCAGCAGUUUGAGAAAAGUGAAGCAUUUUCCAACUACGACGAGGAAACACUGCUGAAUCCAGAGAGAGACGAUACGGGGCUGCCGCAGGUGUACUUCGACCCGUUGUUUGUGCAGCUGGUGAAGGAGAACUCCCGACGCCUCCGAGGAGCCAUAGGCCACGAUCCGUCGUUUGAGCCUCUGGAAAAGCUCAGUUUCGACGCUUUUGAAACUGUUCAGAACGACUGUCUGUCGCUGGCUAGCGAUCUGAAGACUGUUCGCAAGGAGGCGGAAGAGACGAUCGAAAAACAGAAGGCCGAGAUUGAGCGGCUCGUUUCUGAGUACGACGAGCUUGCAAAGACGUACGAGGCCACAAAGAGCGAGCUCGAAAAGCUUGAAAGGGACAGAGAGCUGCUGGGUACAAAUUACGCCAAGAGUUCUGAGGAUAUAGGCAAACUUACGCAGCUCAAAAACGAGCUGGAGCAGAGUUUGGCACAGCUGACUGCGCAGCACCAGGAAGCAGCUUCUAAGGUGACUUCGCUGGAGGCAAGCAAUAAACAGCUUUCUGAGAAGCUGAACGUUAUUGAGCAGCAGAAGAGCAAAGCAGAGGAUGGCAUUAACAAGAUGAGCCGUGAAUUGAUGCAGCUGAUUAAGAACAACGAGUCACAAAGCAAAACGAUAAAAGACCUGGAAAAAGAAGCACAGAAGACCACCAAGACGCACGAAAAGCUCCAGCAGCAAAUAGCACAGCAGCAGGAAAAGAUUUCCGGACUGGAAUCCAGGAUUCAGGGCUUGACUGUGGAGCUGAAGAAGGGCGACGACAACUACAACGGUCUGCGAAAGACGUACGAGGAGACGGUUGCAAAAUUAGAGGCGGCAGAGCAGGAGAUUGAGAGAUUGCGUAGCAUCCAUUUGGAAGCCACUCGGAGCCUGGAGUCGAUCAGGAAGGAGACGGAGGCGUCUACUGGCUCUCUAAAGAAGCAGGUUACGAGUCUGACUACACAGAAGGCCGAGUUGGAGGCAUUGAACGAAGACAUUCGUCGUCGAUUGGAGGAAUUGAGUGCAGAGAGAGAAAAUAUUCGAAUGGAGGUGGAGGUCGAGAAAAAACGGUUACAGGAUGAAAAACAGGCGCUAGAGGACGAGAAGAACGAUCUUCAGAGGAACUGGGAGGAAGAAAAGCAGCGAUUGGAGCAGGAGAAAGACGUUCAGGCGAAGCAGUACGAGGAAAAGCUCAAGCAACUUGAAGGCGUGUCCAAGUCUUCGGCAGUGCUUGAGGCGAGACUCGCACAGGUGACGCAGGAGAAGGAGGAGCUGGAGACGACAGUUGCGUCUCUCAAGAAGCAGCUUGGUGAGACGAGGGAGCUGAAAAACACGGCUACGGAGGAAAAGAAGUCGCUCGAGUCAACAAUCUCAAUGAUCUCGUUGAAUGUGGAGGCCAAAGACGAAGAGUGUCGUCGGCUGAUGAAGGAGGCAGAGGAAUUGAGAACGGAGAAGGAAAAGAAGCUGGCUGAGUUUUCAGAGCUGGAAACUAAGCUUGCUGACUAUGAUUCCGUCAAAAGAGAGCUUGCCUCGCAUCUGAGCGAUAUCGAGAUUUUGAAGGUCGACCUGGAGAAAGAGCAGGCCGAGAAGAAAGAGCUUGUGGCGACACACGAGAAAGAGUUGCAGAAGCUAAAGACGGAACUAAGCGGCAAGGCUGAGGAGAUUGAGAGGGAGAGAGCACUUUUGGCUGGAAACUCUGACUCUGUCGUCAAGGAGUAUUCUCAAAAGAUCACUUCCUUAGAUGAAAAGCUGAAAGAAGCAGAGAAGGAGAGGGAAGCUGAGGUUCUAACAUUGGAGGAGCAGGUAAGAAUAUUGUCGAGUGGAAACGAAGAGUUGUCAAAGUCGCAAAAUUGCAAGGAAGCAGAAGUGAAGAUGUUGCAAGACAGGCUGACGAGAGUCGAGGAGACUUUGAAGCAGAGGGAGAAUGAGGCCGAUGCAAAGGACAGCGAGCUUAAAGACCUCAAGGAUAAAAUGAAGAAGCAGCUGCGCGAGCUGGUGGAUCUGAAGAAGCAAGUGAAGGAAACCGAGAAGCUGAAGGCGGCUUUGUCAGAGCUGGAGGCGUAUCAAGAAAAAACUCAAGAUUACGACGAGUUGCAAAAGAGGCUGGUCGAAUAUGAUGAACUGAAGAAGAAGACUGCAGACUACGAAGAUCUCAAGAAUAAAGUUGCCGACCACGAGAAGCUGCAGAAGAAACUGGAAGAUUACGAGACGCUAAAGGCGAAGGCUUCCGAACAGGAGAAGCUACAGAAACAGGUGGUCGAAUUUGAGCAGAAGCUCAAGGACGCGGAAAAUAGACAGAAGGACAUGGUCCCCAAAGGAGACCUUGACGACCUGAUGUUGCUGAUGAGCGAGCUAGACGAGAAAAACAAGCAGAUGAAGCUGAAGCUCAAAUCGCUAGGUGAGGAAGUGAGCGACGUUAGCGACGAGUCGGACGACGACGAUGAAGACGAUUAG